AGAGUGCAGAUCUUUACUGUUGGAGAAAUGGCAGAGGUACAAAAGGCAGAAUCAGUUGUUUCUAUUGCUGUUGAUUUUGGCACAGCCUACAGUGGAUACUGCUUUAAAUUUAAAAAAUCUAAACAGAUACGGAUGCCUAAAUGGGGUUUAGAAUUCGGUCAUGAUACACUAAAAACCCCUACCUGCAUUCUGUUUGAUGAAAAUAAACAGUUUCUGAACUUCGGCUACGAUGCCAUCGAAACCUACAACCGACACAAAUCAAGAGAAGAAGCAAAGAGACUCUACCUGUUCGACAACUUCAAAAUGGAGCUCUACGGAAAGGAGCUGAACAGAGCGCUGAUGAUCACGUCUAAAAACGGGAAAAAAAUGAGAGCUAUAAAAGUGUUCUCAGAGAGCCUGAAGUUCAUGAAAGAUCACGCCCUGAAGAUGAUCGGAGAUCAUACUGCUGGAAUGGAGUACUCAGCCUGUGAUGCUACGUGGGUUCUGACGGUUCCAGCUAUCUGGAGUCCUGCAGCUAAACAGUUCAUGAGAGAAGCAGCAGUGCAGGCUGGUCUGAUAAGAGGAAAUGAUCCUGAAAGGCUGAUUGUGGCUCUGGAACCAGAAGCUGCUUCUGUUUGGUGUAAACAGCUGCCCUAUGAUGGAUUUCUGGAAGGAGAUCUUGGAGAAUCAGACAAGAUAGAAGAUGAGCCAGAAACACAGUACAUGGUGGUGGAUUGUGGAGGUGGAACCAUUGAUAUCACAGUGCAUGAGGUGAUGGAGGGAGGUCGUCUAAAGGAGCUGCACAAGGUCUCAGGCAACAACAUGGGAGGACAGACUGUGGACAAGAACUUCAGAGAGUUCCUCAGAAAAACUCUGACUGAAAAAGUGUUUGAUGAGUUGGAGGAGAAGUAUCCCACUGAGCUGUACAGAUUAAUGUGUGAUUUUUCAGUCUGUAAACGUUCAGGUAGUAAUGGCAUGGUGCAAUGCCCAUCUGCUUUAGUACAGACAGUCGGGGAAAAACAGCUACAAGAUUGCUUUAGGGGAGUCAGUGGUGCAGUAUGGGAGAAUGGAUCAAUACUGCUGAGAAAGGAAAAGAUAGAAUCCUUUCAUGAAGACAGUCUCAGAGCCAUCGAGAAACAGAUCAGAGAGAUACUGAAAAGACCUGAACUGAACAUCAGCUACAUCUUCGUAGUGGGAGGAUUUGCUCUGAGUCCGUAUGUAAAAGGUUUAGUCAGGGGGAAGUUUAAUCGGGGAGAAGAGUGUAGUGUGCUCUGUCCAGUAGAUGCUCAGGCUGCAGUUCUGAAAGGAGCUGUGACAUUUAGCACACAGCCAAACAUAAUCCAGUCCCGGAUCAGUCUUUACACUUACGGGAUUGCAACAUCUGAACAGUUUGAUGAGAUCAAACACAAGGGCAGAAGCUCAUUUGAGAACAGGGAUGGAGUAAAGUUCUGUAACUGUCGCUUCUACUUCUUCGUAAAGAAGGACGAGUCCAUCAGGUUUGAUGAGGACAGAGAGUUCAGCUUUUGUCCGGUUGAAAGAGAUCAGACAGAACUGAAUUUCAGAUUUUACCGAACUGAGAGUAAAACUGUUCAGUACGUAGAUGAGGAAGGGGUGGAGGAGUUUGGGUUGAUCAGAGUGGAAUUACCCACAGCUAAGAAAAGCAGGGAGCAGUCAGUCAGACUUAAGAUCAAGUUUGGUUUCACUGAGAUGAUGGCGACCAUCACAGAUAGAAAAGGUCACAAAACAGACGCCAAACUGGACUUCAUGACAGAGUCAUUAGUGCUCUAACGUUGAAAAAGUGCACAGAUAUUUCUGGCGGUUUAUGUUCUCUAGUUUAAUCUACUUUAAUAAAGUGAUUUCUCAAAUUGUAAUCUUUACCUUUAGUUUAAACUUUGAAAAGUAGUUUCUAUCAACAAUGCUACAUUUAUAGUCUGUAUCACACAUUACUUAAUAAUAAGGAACUAUGGCCAAGAAUCUACUUCAUAUU